UAGUCACGUGCAGCCUGAGCGCUGCAGGGUCACGUGCCGUGUCGGCUUCAUCACAGCAGCAGGGACUCGGUGGAGGACCAGACUGAAGGUGUGACUGCCUGCGGGUGAGCCACUACUCCGGCAGGUGGACACCAUGAACUACGUGGGGCAGCUGGCAGGCCAGGUGCUGGUGACAGUAAAGGAGCUGUAUAAGGGGAUCAAUCAGGCAACUCUGUCAGGCUGCAUCGACGUGGUUGUGGUCCGACAGCCUGACGGGACGUUCCAGUGCUCCCCUUUCCAUGUCCGCUUUGGAAAACUGGGGGUGCUGCGCUCUAGGGAGAAAGUAAUUGAUAUAGAAAUCAAUGGGGAACCUGUAGAGCUGCACAUGAAGCUGGGAGACAAUGGUGAGGCCUUUUUUGUCCAGGAGACAGAACAGCACAAUGAGAUUGUCCCAGCCCACCUGGUGACCUCGCCCAUCCCUACAGAAGAGGCUCUGUUCAGGUGCAGAGAGCCCGGAUGUGGUGGAUCACUAGCUGAGAACGGUCAGCUUCUGAAUCCAGAAGAUUCUGGCUCUGGAAACCCCCAAACCUUCUCAAACACCACCGGAAAGAAGAAGAGGAGACGCAGGAGGAAGCACAAGGCUGAGCCACGCAGGGAGGAGCAAACCACACCCGCAGGCGGGGAGCUCGAUCUGUGUGAGCUCAGUUCAGAUGAGGAGCACAAUGCGCAAAAUGGACGGGCCUCAUUGCUAUCCAUGGUGAAGGAAAAUAUGGACUACAAGCAACAUUCCCCGCUCACUGCCCUCGAAUGGGACAGCUACCCUUUCUCUGAUGGAGAAUGGCCCCCUAGCACUACCAGGGAGAUGUCGGAGCCCAUGUCACCCAAGAGUGACUCUGAGCUGAUGGUAAAGCCAGCAGGAAGCAUGCUCAGGGCCGAGUCCCACAUGCAGUGGACCUGGGGAGAGUUUCCAGAAUCCACUAGGGUCAACAAAAAGGACAAAUCAGAGCCAAAGACGUUGACCAUCACUCCCUCUGAGAACACACAUUUCAGGGUUAUCUUGAGCACAGAAGCCAUGGAAGAAAGAGAAGGAGAGGAUACCAUUUGCAGUAUUGUAAAGCCAGAGCCUCGGACCAUCAAAAUUGAUCAGUGCAGCUUUCAACCACAGCCCCCUGAAGCUUCGUCACGCAACGCAAACCUUACCAAGCACAAGCCAGACCUUUCAGACUUAAUGUCCAACAGUUUUAUCUCUGAGCGGUGUCCCACUAACUCUGACCUCAUCCCAAAAACCGCAUGCAAGGCCAAGUGGAAGUCUUCCCCACCCAGCUGCAGGGACCGCAGCACUGCUGCCAGUGGAGCCGGUAACAUGGCUGGAAACUCAACAGCUGUUUGUCCUGAUGCAAGAGCCUCAUCCAAACCCAGCGAUUCCCCCGCCAAGAGGAGAGGUGUGAGGAAGAGGAGCCAGCAUCAGGGACCUGAAGAUAUUUACCUGGAUGACCUGAAUGCACUUGAACCUGAUGUUGUUGCCCGGUACUUCCCUAAAAGUGAGUCUGAGCAGGUUGAGGUGGAGAGGCGCUCUGGAUCGCAGUCUCCCCAGUCUGUUGGCAGCGCAGCAGCAGACAGCGGCACCGAGUGUCUGUCUGACUCUGCUGGUGACCUCCCUGAUGUCACCCUGUCGCUGUGUGGAGGCGUUGGUGAGAACUCAGAGAUCCCUAAAGAGAAAUUCAUGGAGCACAUCAUCACCUAUAAUGAAUUUGCAGAAAAUCCAGCAAUAAUUGACAAUCCUAAUUUGGUAGUUAGAAUUGCAAACAGGUAUUACAACUGGACACUGGCAGCACCGCUGAUACUUAGUAUGCAGGCUUUUCAGAAGAACUUGCCAAAGGCUACAGAGGAGGCCUGGGUGAAGGAGAAAAUGCCCAAAAAGUCUGGACGCUGGUGGUUCUGGAGAAAGAGCAGCAUAAAGCAGUUAUCAUUAGAGACCAAGUCAGAGAGACAGGAGUCUCUGACCACAGAGAGCCCUUCCCUUCACCAGGCCCCAGAAACACACAGGCAGAAAGCAGCAGAGUGGUCCAGCGACGAUGAGACUAAAGAGCUGAACGCUGUGGCACCUGCUUGGCCACCUACUGAUCACGUGCAGACAGAAGGCCCGGCACUGGCGCCUUGCCACUCCUACAAGAAGUCCCUCCGACUGUCGUCAGACCACAUAGCCAGCCUGAAGCUAAGAGAGGGCCCUAAUGAUGUCACCUUCAGCAUAACCACUCAGUACCAGGGGACAUGCCGCUGCGAGGGAACUAUCUACCUGUGGAACUGGGACGACAAGGUCAUAAUCUCUGACAUCGAUGGCACCAUCACCAAGUCAGAUGUGUUUGGUCAAAUUCUGCCUCAGCUCGGAAAAGAUUGGACUCAUCAAGGCAUCGCUAAGCUCUACCACUCAGUGCAUGAGAAUGGUUACAAGUUCCUGUACUGUUCGGCCCGAGCGAUCGGCAUGGCUAACAUGACCAGAGGAUAUCUGCACUGGGUGAACGAUAGAGGGACUCUCCUGCCUCAAGGACCGCUCAUGCUCUCCCCCAGCAGCCUCUUCUCCGCCUUCCACAGAGAAAUCAUAGAAAAAAAGCCUGAGAAGUUCAAGAUCGAAUGCCUCACAGAUAUCAAGAACCUGUUUUUCCCAAACACACAUCCCUUCUAUGCAGCCUUCGGAAACCGAGUAAGCGACGUGUUUGCCUAUAAGCAAGUGGGCGUGCCCGUGUGUCGGAUAUUCACAGUGAAUCCCAAAGGGGAGUUAAUCCUCGAGCAAGCCAAAGGCAAUAAAACAUCAUACAGCCGGCUGAGUGAGCUGGUGGAGCAUGUUUUUCCUUUACGGAGUUCACAACACAGCGCCACCUUCAGCUGUCCAGAGUUCAGCUCCUUCUGUUACUGGAGACAGCCACUCCCUGAGGUGUGUUUUGAGGAGCUGCUCUAACUUGAAAUGAUAUUAAAGUUUUCAACUAACAUUGUUGACUUAACUCAGAGCAGUAAUGCCUGUAUGCACUGGUUUUAUAAUAUUGAUAAGUUUUUGUAAUUCUUAAUUAUGUAGGCUACUGGAAUAGUUUGAUAUUGUCUUAGACACAUCCAACUGAAGUGAAAAGGUUUGGGAUAUGAAUGUAUUCCAUAUUUGUUAAUGCACAACCUUUCAUUUAUUCCCUUAUAUGCGCUUGUAUUCUUUGUGCUUGAGCGACACAGUUAAGAGGUGUAUUUGAAGGCACGGUAAGUUUUUGGCACAUACAAAAGCCAAAAGCAUGACAUACUGUAUGAGUUAUUAUUCUUACCAUUUGAAUAGUUUCUUUUACAUGCUUAUGAGAAGAUAUUUGCUAAGCAUGUAUUUAGGAGUGGAGGUGUUGGUGUUUAAACUGGCUACUGGCACGGUAUGAAACAAAAAUACUCGCUGUAUUACACUCUCUGCCUGACAAGAGCGCUAUCAUAAAACAACAAGGUAAUAUUCAUAGCAGCUAUGUUUUUUUUGAAUCCCUUUAAGGCCUUAUCCACUCUUUAAUGUUCGCAAUAAAUGUCUUACAUCUUUGUUCCAAAGCUUAAUGAUUUUGCACUAUAAGAAAAAAUGUGAAAGAAAUAGUUAAUAAUUGCAUUAGUGCAGUUU